AUGAAGAACAUCACAGGAGUGAGUGAAUUCAUCCUGCUGGGAGUAACCAGUGCCCCAGAACUUCAGGUGCCUCUUUUUAUGGUUUUCACACUUAUCUACCUCAUCACUCUGGUGGGGAACCUGGGGAUGAUCCUGCUGAUCAUGUUGGACUCCCGUCUCCACACCCCCAUGUACUUUUUCCUCAGUAACCUAUCUCUGGUGGACUUUGGUUCCUCCUCAACUGUCACUCCCAAGGUCAUGGCUGGGCUCCUCACAGGAAACAAGAUGAUAUCCUAUAGUUCAUGUGCUUCUCAGAUGUUCUUUUUUGUAUUCUUUGCCACAGUGGACAACUACCUCUUGGCUUCAAUGGCCUAUGACCGCUACGCAGCCGUGUGUAAGCCCUUACGUUACUCCACCAUCAUGACAAACACUGUGUGCUCUCGUCUGGCCAUAGGAUGCUACGUCUUUGGUUUUUUAAAUGCUUCUUUGCAAACUGGAGACACGUUCUGCCUCUCUUUCUGUAUGUCCAACGUGGUCCAUCACUUCUUCUGUGAGAUUCCCGCAGUCAGGAUUCUAGCUUGCUCUAAUAAACAUAUUGGUGAACUGGUUCUUGUUCUUAUGUCAAGUUUUCAUAUCGUUUUUGCACUUCUUAUCAUCUUGAUUUCCUACUUAUACUUGUUUAUCACCAUUUUGAACAUGCGCUCAGGUGAGGGGUACAAGAAGGCUUUGUCCACCUGUGCUGCUCACCUUAUUGCAGUCUCCACAUUUUAUGGCACCAUCAUCAUCAUGUACUUAAAGCCAAGUUCCAGUCACUCCAUGGACACUGACAAAUUCACAUCUGUGUUCUACACUAUGGUCAUCCCCAUGCUGAACCCUGUGGUCUACAGCCUGAGGAACAAAGAAGUUAAGAAUGCGUUUAAACAGGUUGCUCAGAAGGCAAAACGUGCUCUAGGUUAA